CCUUACGUGAAUAGGUUGUAGUUGUUACAUCCUUAUUUUCACCCGAUCGUCGCUCCGUCGCGGCUCGUUCUGCCGUUUUCCGGCCUCGUCAACCUUCCUUCUUUCAUCGAUCUCUCGAACUGACGCUCGAGAUGAGAGAAACGCUGAGAAAACUGAAGCUUUUGUUGUGGAAGAAUUUCACUCUGAAACGGCGCCAACCGCUUAUUGUGGCCGUCGAGAUCGUGUGGCCUCUGGUUUUGAUGAUUAUUGUGAUGAUUAUUCGGCAGAGUCGUGGACCCAUCAAUCAAUCCGAGAGAACGUACAUUCCACGCGGAAUGCCUUCCGCCGGUCUCACUCCAUUCCUACAAGGCGCAGUCUGCGAUCCAGUAGCAAACAUGGUCUUCAAAGAAGGCAACAUCAACGACACCUACGGCUUCUAUGACUUCAAUCCUGCCAUCACAGCUUUACUACACAAUGUGACUCUGAUGCUGCAAGAUCCCACGAUCGACAUAACGAGGCUCACUCGCAUCCAGCACGACGCACAACUCGUGCAGAGUGACAUAGCAAUGUUGAACGAUAUGUUGUCAAAAUCUGAUGAUCCACAGAAGGCUAUACAAUAUGUGGGGUUGCCUGUGGUGAGUGACUCAAGUGGCUUAACGUUGGAUCGAAUAGCGAACGAUCCGAGUGAACUGAGAGACUUUCUUGUUCAUCGACUGAAUUUUUCGUCGGCUGAUGCUGAUGUGUUUGUGACGUCGGCGAUUGAUGUGCAGGAGCUGCAGGUGUAUACGUUGAGGAGCACGACUGAGCAGUAUGUUCAGUGUCGGGAGAAUCUUUUGCGGUGUGCUUUGACGCUGCAGAAUGGUCUUGGUAGUGUGGUGUCGGCGAGUGGCAACUUGAAUCCGUUGGAGAUUUUGCUCAAUUCAGGAUUGCUGAAGCAGUUGGGAUGUGGCAACUCAGACGCUUUUGCUAGAAUAUUUACAUUUCCAACCAACGAGUCUCAGGUUCGUGUUCAGCAUCGACUUUGUAGUCUAACAAGCGAUCAAGCUCAGGCUUUGGCUGAAAAAUUGAAUGUGACCAAAUUGCAGCAAGCAUUCACCACUCCAGCUGAUACUCCAUUUUCUCAACGAAUUCGAAGUCAUUUUAGGGAGAUAGCUGAAGAUUAUAACACCACACAGCGCAUGCUGCCCUAUCUAGUCGAACCUAUUCGCAAACUGGCAGAGGACUUCCCGUCAAACGCGGAUAUAGCCAACAUGUCGAUGAGCCAGUUGAGCAAGCUCUUUGUCUGCACCCUGUGCCGUCAGUCUCAAGACAACUGUCGUGCAGCCAACACAAAACCACUUGAAAAUCAUCGCUGGAGCAGAGCUCAUGAUGGGACAACUGUUGCUGGACGCCUGUUGCAAGGCAUUGAGAUACUGUAUGCACCAGAUCUUGGUAACAACUCGCAUGCUGUAAGGGACGUCAUUCAUGAGGCCAAUCGGACGUUUGCAGAGAUCGAAGACUUGAAGCGGAUCAUAAACAGCCUAAUCGAUAGCCAAAAAGCAUUAGACGACAUCAUCAAUCGAGACCCAAAUUCUACAUACACAAGAUCGAUUAUUCGUAGAACUUGCCAGCCUCUAACUUCAAGCACGGGUUCUCAAGAUUGCAAUUUCUCACGAAUUCUCAACGUCAUGGAAGGAUUUCGUGACGUGUUGAACAAGAUACAGAUCAAGUGGAUUGGAUAUCCCAACCAAACGAUGCUUGAAGAGGCUGCGGCUUUCAAAUCACGUUCUGGCUCUGCAGUUUGGGCAGGCAUCGUAUUCGAAAAUCUGGACGAAAACGGCACACUUGGAAAACACGUCCGAUACACAAUCAAAAUGAACGAGACGCUUGUUGACCCACCCAACAAGCUGAGAAAAGUAUAUUGGAAGCCUGGACCCGAGUCGUAUCAAACACACACAAUGUAUGAGACGUUUGGAUUUGUGUAUAUUAAAGAUAUGGUGGAUAGAGGGAUCAUCAAUGUUCUGACGAAUAAGACGGUUGUGGAACCGGGUGGAUACCUUCAAAGGUUUCCCUAUCCUUGCUACAUCUAUGACAAAUUUGCUUCUGCCUUGUCUGCCAUGAUGCCAAUGUUUAUGUCACUGGCUUGGGUAUUCUCAGUGUCAAUGGUCGUUCGUAAUGUCGUCUACGAGAAAGAAGAACGUCUGAAAGAGAUGAUGAAGAUUAUGGGAUUGCCGAGUUUGUCGCUGUGGCUGUCGUGGUUUGUGACGAGUUUUGUCAUUAUGGGAUUCUCUGCUCUCAUAUUGACGAUUCUUAUGACGGCUGGAGAUGUACUGAUGAACAGCAACUUCCUGCUUGUGUAUCUCUUCUUUUUGAACUUCACAGCAGCAACCAUCAUGCUUUGUUUUGUCAUUUCUACAAUGUUUAAUAAAGCUAACUUGGCUGCAUUGUCUGGUGGAUUGAUGUACAUGUUUACAUACUUGCCGUUCAUCAUUUAUGUCACCAAUGAAACAGAGUUUGGUUUUAUGGAGAAAUCAGUACUGUGUUUGCUGUCUACGACUGCUUUUGGAGCUGCUAGUACGUACGUGUCUCGCUAUGAAGAACAGGGCAUUGGAAUACAGUGGGACAACAUGGGAAAGAGUGUGUUGCCAGGUGACGAGUUUUCAUUUCUCACAGCAAAUCUAUUCCUCUUACUGGACACCAUCUUGUAUGCAAUCAUAGUGUGGUACAUUGACAACGUCUUUCCAGGCCAGUACGGUGUUCCUCGUCCGUGGUAUUUUCCUUUCCAGAAGUCGUACUGGGCAGGAGUGUUUGGCUGUUCAAAAGUGCCAUCCAAACAGCUUCCAAUGAUGUCUCAGAAUGGAUAUGCAACUGUGCCAUUAAAUUGUGAUGGUGAAGACAUGGGGUCGCCGUCUGUGUCUGCCGAGGCUGAUCCAACUCAUUUGCAUAUCGGCGUCUCGAUUAAGAAUUUGGUUAAGGUGUACGGUGGUCAUAAAAGGGCCGUCGAUAAUUUAUCUCUCAACUUCUAUGAGGGACAGAUCACAUCAUUUCUAGGACACAACGGAGCAGGAAAGACCACAACAAUGAGUGUUCUUUGUGGCUUGUAUCCUCCCACGUCAGGCAAGGCAUACAUUAGAGGUAUGGACAUCACGACGAGUAUCGAUGAGAUCAGGAAAACACUCGGUCUCUGUCCUCAGCAAAAUGUUUUGUACAACAAACUAACAGUCACCGAACAUCUCUGGCUUAUCGCUAAGUUGAAAAAUGUCGGAGUCUCCGACAAGGAACUAAAGAAGGAAAUUGACAAGUGGCUCGACGAUCUCAAUCUCACAGAGAAGCGUAAUGCAAUGGUCAGCUCUCUUUCAGGCGGCAUGAAGAGAAAACUUUCCGUCGCAAUGGCUUACGUCGGAGGCUCGAAGGUAGUAAUCCUCGACGAACCAACGGCCGGUGUUGAUCCAUACGCAAGACGCGGUAUCUGGGAUUUGAUGAUCAAACAUCGAGAGAACCGCACGGUCAUUCUCUCGACUCACUACAUGGACGAGGCCGACGUACUCGGCGAUCGCAUUGCCAUCAUCUCACACGGAAAGUUAUGUUGCGUCGGGUCAUCUCUAUACCUCAAGCGGCAAUUCUCUGACGGCUACUAUCUCACCGUUGCUAAGCAACUCGUUGGAUCAAUGACAUCAUUAGCUCUUUGUAGCAACUCAGGCUCGAGCCUAUUGGUGGGGAAUACCUUGAACGAUAAGUCCGGUUCGCUGCCGACGUUGAGUAACGUUCGGUCUGCGUCUUUAUCCGGUAGUGGGCCUGUUCAUGUGCCAGAUUUGUGUCAAGACGCUGACGCUGUGUCGUAUACUGACGGUAUGGGAAUGAAGCCGUUGGUUGGGGGACAUCGUAGGAAUAGAUCGGAAGGCAGUGUGGAUGCAUUUGUUGAGGAUUUCAAUCAGAAGAAGAAGUCAAAGUCGAAGAAGAGUGUUGACUCGAUGUGCGUGACGGACAAGGUGACUGAUGUUGUGACGAGUCACAUCCCGGAGGCUCAACUGAUGGAGGAUAUUGGCACUGAGAUAAACUAUUUGUUGCCAAGUGGAGCAGCUAAUGGGCAUCAGCUGUCGCUGUUGUUGAGCAAUUUGGACAAACAGAAGGCGAAGUUGGGUGUUGCAGGCUACGGAAUGUCAGAUACGUCACUGGAAGAAGUAUUUUUGAAGGUGACCAACGAAGCCGAAGAAACUCAGCCCGACCCUACAACUGGUGCAUCCAUUCUAAACAAACUACGGCGUAAGCGUUGGAGGUGGUUGAAACGCAAGCAAUCGUCGUCUCAUUCACUUGAGGCUCGUGCCUCAUUGGUGUGUGACGGUGACGAGGAAUUUGAUGGAGAAGGCAGCGAUGAUGAUGAUGAAGUGAUGGCUGAUGAGACUGCCGCUUUGACAUCGGACAUUGAGUCGGGAUUGGAAGAAUCUCGUGUGGCCGAUUGCUACGGAGACGCAGGAACAUGCACAGUGACCGGCCACCACCUCCUCCUGCAGCAAUUCAAAGCGUCGUUCAUCAAACGAUUCCACAACAGUCGGAGAUACACAAAAGGCAUCAUCGCCCAGCUCAUCCUUCCGGCCAUAUUCAUAUGUGUCGCUCUCGUAUUCAAACUCUUUGCUCCACAACCAUCAAACGGGACAAUAGAACUGACGCCGAGUGUUUAUCCCGGCGACAUGUACAUCCCGUUCAAGAACUUCCAGCCGUGGCAACAACAGGCAACAAACCUAACCGCGUCCGUAGCUCAACCGUGUGGCGGAUCAGCUCACUAUCUCGUCAACAGUAUUUCUAAGUCAAGAUGUCACCAAUACCUGGCGUACGUAGCGUCACACCGUCACACACCAAACAAAUACUGGAGCGUUCCUGCUAGCAUCACAGCUCCGGUGAAUGCAACAUGUAGUUGUGCGUCCGGUAAACAACAAUGUCCGUCCGAUAUCGUCGCUCCCUCUCCUCCAUCGCUGCUGACCGUCGACGAUCUGACGCUUCAAGAUUUAGUCGACAAGAAGAACAUGACGGACUACAUUUUGAAAUCAACGGAUGAAUAUAUUUUGCAUCGUUACGGUGGCGUGAGUUUUGGUCACGAGAAUCUUCAGUUUGGCGACGUAUCGUCGCAGAUGUAUGGCGACGCUUUGAGUCGUUUGGGUGUGAGGAGGGCGGCUAAGGCUUGGUAUACGAAUAAG